UAAAUUGAAACAAUUUCCAAGAACUCUGUGUUUCCCGUUAAACUGUAACCCAAGCAGAUAAAACUGCAAAACUACCGGAAAAUGGUUGCCGCCGGCGCCAUUAACUCUAGCCUCCGAACUUUUCUUUUCAACACUACUACUCAAAGUCCUUUCGCUCCCUCUUUCUUUACAAAACUCUCACUACCCACUUGCCUUUUUCUCCCCAAUAACCACAAAUUUUCCCAUCGCCCCUUUUGCUAUUCGUCUACCCAAUUGAUAUCCCAAGAAAAUCGACGAACCGAAAAAUUGCAAAACCCGAAUGAGAAAACCGGACCCAAUGUUCUACAAAUUCUUGAAGAAAGAGGGUUACUGGAAUCAGUGACCAGCGACUCUCUCCGCUCCGUUUGCUCCGACCCGAACUUGGGUCCAUUGAAAGUGUAUUGCGGGUUUGAUCCGACUGCCGAAAGCUUACACCUUGGUAACCUUUUGGGUAUAAUUGUGCUUUCUUGGUUUUUACGUUGUGGGCAUAAUGCUGUUGCGCUAAUUGGUGGCGCUACGGGUCGGAUCGGUGACCCAUCUGGGAAGAGUUUGGAGCGACCCGAGCUUGAUUUAGUGACACUUGAGAAGAAUAUAUCUGGCAUUGGAGGUAUUAUUAAGAAGAUUUUGGUUUGCCCACCAGAUGUUUGUGAAGAUGCCGGAGAGGUGAAAAUUUUGAAUAAUUAUGAUUGGUGGAAGGAUGUGAAGUUUUUAGAUUUUCUGAGGAAUGUGGGGAGGUAUGCAAGAGUUGGGACUAUGAUGUCUAAGGAAAGUGUGAAGAAAAGAUUGGAGAAUGCAGAGCAAGGGAUGAGUUACGCUGAGUUUACAUAUCAGCUUUUACAAGGUUAUGAUUUUGUGCAUUUGUAUGAAAAAGAAGGUGUCAGUGUGCAAAUUGGUGGUAGCGAUCAGUGGGGUAAUAUUACUGCUGGUACUGAUCUUAUCCGUAGGCUUAUUGGAAAAUCUUCCGAAAAUGGAACUGUUGUUGGCAGUGUUCCUGUUGGUUCCUAACACAGCUCAACGUAGGCUGGCUGAAGAGGUUACACGGUUUGUUCAUGGACAAGAGGGAUUGGAAGAGGCUCUUAAGGCCACAGAGGCACUGAAGCCUGGAAAUGCUGAUACCAAAUUGGAUUGGAAAACGAUUGAGGGUAUUGCAGCUGAUGUUCCGUCUUGCUCCAUGAAUUAUGAUCAGGUGUUGAACAUACCGAUUUUGGAUCUUUAUGUUUCCAGUGGUUUGCUUGAGAGCAAAUCGGCUGCUCGACGAAUGCUUAAGCAAGGAGGGCUUUACUUGAACAAUGCCAAAGUUGAUGGUGAGAGUAAGAAGAUUGAGGCGGAUGACAUUGUCGAUGACAAAGUUAUCCUUUUAUCUGCUGGGAAAAAGAAUAAGAUGGUUGUAAGAAUAUCAUGACUUGCUUUGGUCUAAUAUUUGAUUGCAUUUUAUUUGAAAAUUCAAAUUCAGCAUUCCGAGUUAGACAACGCUCAAAAUUUUACCUGGUAUGCAAAUGAUAGGAAGAGAGGAAAGCAGCCAAGGGUUGAAAGGAAGUAAAGCAGGAAGAUGUACAUUAUAAUAUUAAAAUUAUUACCCGAUUAAAAGAAGUUGUUGAAAUUAUUUCCCUUCACUGUCGUAUUGGCAUUUUUUUGUACUUCUCAGAACAAUAAUUGUCUAGGUGGGAGAACAAGAUGAGCUAUGCAAAUUUUAUGAAUUACUUUGGACUCUAUGGAUGUCUGAUAAAGUUGUAUCCACAAACUCCUGCUUGCAUUUUCUUUUUCUUUUUCUUCUUUCUCUUUUGAUGGGCAUGAUGUCCCAUUGCAGUUAGAAGGUCUCUUUAUUUAUGCUUUAACUA